UUGAGAAUGCGUCAUAGCGGGGCAGGAUGUCUCUCAGCCGACCUAUCCGGCCAGAAGGACCUGCUAUCGCUAUAUAAAGGAGCUGCUCGGCCAAGACAGCAUCAGUUUGCAGAAGCAGCACUGCCAACAAUGAAGACUGCCGUGAUCCUCGUGGUGCUUGUAGCGGCGAUCUGUCGCCUGGGGGAGGCAGUGAGGGGGCCCCGGACACCUGCGGAGCUCCUGCGCAUGUCCAGGUACCCGAACCUGCUGGGCGGUCCCACGCCCAACGACGCCGUCUGCCUGAACACGACUCGUAGCUGCGCCGACUGCACCCACGUCAACCUGUGCGCAUACGUGGGCGGCCAUUGGUCUUACCUGCAGACGUCAAGCUGCCCAGACUCCGCGCCUUUCUGCAAGGACGGCCAGUGCAUCAAGGAGGACACGGCGGGUUGUAACCUGCCCCCCGUAAGCAGCGACUUCCGCUGCUAUCCCGGCUUCGACGGCUACUACCCCUCACCCAACGACUGCGCCAAGUACUACGUGUGCUCCAACAGUGUCGCCUACGUAUACAACUGCCAGCAAGAUCACAUCUACUCGCAGGCGCGCGGCAUGUGCGUGCGCAAGGACACCGACCCCGAGGCCUGCUUCACGUUCCCUUGCACGCCCGGCGAGGUGUCAUACCACCUGUACAGGCCCGACCAGGCCAUCUACGGCGUGUGCACUGACAUGGGUGUGUCCGUGAGCAGGUGCCCGACGGCAAACUACCGCAUCGACCCGGAAAACCCUUUCAGCCCCUGCACGGCGUACUGCUCGAAACAGGGCCGCAUUCCCGACAUUGACGAUCCCCGCAAGUACUACGACUGCAACCUGGUGCCCCUGAACAGGAGGACCCCCGACUGCACUCGCUGCUCAGCGCCGGGCACACUCACCGACCCCGUGCCGCAGUACUGCCCGCCCAACACGGUCUUCAGCGCUCUGCUGCAGCGUUGCGUCGAGCCCAACCAGCCAAUUCCUUGAACUGAACCCCCUCGCUUCUUUUGAUUAAUUAUCUAAUAAAAACGUUAAUACAAUCAA